GCGCCGAGUGGCUAUUGCAGUUGUAGCCGGCAGGAGCUGAACGCGGAAACAUCAUCUUCCGCUGGCCUAGCACCCGGGCGGUUUCCUCCAAGUUCUUCCCCGUCAUGACCACCACCACGACUUACACGGGGAUGGACCCCAGUGGCCGAAGUAGCUCCAGGGUUCUUCGGCCCCCAGGUGGUGGUUCUAAUUUCAACCUAGGAUUUGAUUUGCCAAAAGACCAGCAAGGAGGAAAAAGGAACAGGAUGGCAUCUUCCAUCUUUGGGACUCCAGAAGAAAAUCCACCAUCUUGGGCUAAAUCAGCAGCCAAGUCCACUGAAGUUGAGGAUAAUUCUGAAGCAGUUGGAACUGAAAGGAGAGGUUCUUCUGAUGCAAACUCUGGUGACUAUGUAAUUCCAAAGGGUGUGGAAAGUGAGGCUCCUGAAAACACAGAAGAAACUGCUUCAGGCUCAAGUGAAGAAAAGCCCUUGCCAGCUGCGCCUCUUCCUAGCCCAGAAGCUGCAGGAGCUGGGAGGAAUCGUAGCCCAGUAGCCCAAGCACCAUCCAGGAGAAAUCCACCAGGGGGGAAGUCUAGUCUAGUGCUCGGUUAAGCUCAAUUUUCCUUCAUUCCUUAAUACUUGGAACUUGUGUCUGUCAUCUUUGUUUUUCUUCCAUGCUUGUGAACUGCACAACUUGAGCUUGACUGUACUUCUAAAACUACCAUUAAAGGAGCACUUUAUGUACUUCAUAUUUUUUUGGUUUUGUUUUUUUCAACCAAUCCUUCCUAAAACUUCUUGUCUUGUCUCUCUUGAGUCUAACAGAAGUGACAUGUGUAAUUUUUUUUCCGUAAUGGUAGACAGUGGUAUUCGCUAUACAGCUCAUGCCUGACAAAAGAUUUCUGAGGUGUAUAGUAGUGUCUGAAACUAAGAUGGAUUAAUUCUGAGUGUGCUAAGUGGCAUUUUUGUCCUAAAAUUUGUAGAACAGUCUUAGUUGACUUAGAAAGGUUGGAAACUGGGAUUGUAAAGGUAGUGGAUGAGUGACAAAUGUAUUCUUUCUGUACACAACUUUGCAACAUAUUUUUCCAAGGUACCAUUUAAUAAUUGGUAAACGAUUGAAGCCCUGUUGUGCACUGAAGAACUAUCAAGUUGUGUUGCUAGAAAUUAACCAUGCUCCCUUCAACAAGUGGGAUCUUGGUUUAGUUAUAACAGGAUGAGAUCAGUGCUGAAGAUAAACCUAAAGAUGUGAGAUUUUGACUGUUCUCUAAAUAUCAGGUCCCAUUGUAAAUGAUGAUGGAAUGCAUCUUACAAAAGUAAGUAUUAGUUGGAUAAAAUUUUGGGGACAUAUUCCCCGCCCAAAUGACUCCAGUACUAUGCAUGAUCAUGCUGGUGCUUAAACAGAAGGUGGAAAAACUCAGCCUUCUAAAUGUGUAUUGUACCUUGAAAGCUGGAUUGUUGCUAAAAAAUAAAAGAUAUAGAAAUUUUGAA